AUUUCUUAUAGGCUAAGCGUUGGCGUCAUCCCAUUUGCGGUGGCAAACUACAUGACGACUGACCUUCCCCAAUCUCCAGAGUAGUGCGCAAAGUGUGCUUGAUCCAGUCGUCCAUGGCCGAAAGCGGAUCGUCCAGUCUAGGGUUUCGAUUAGAUAUUAAGCAGAUCUUAUCAGAAGCCCAACAUCGCUGGCUGAGGCCUGCUGAAAUUGUUGAAAUUCUAAGAAACUAUCAAAAGUUUCAUAUCUCCCCAGCGGCUCCAAAUAAGCCAGUCAGUGGUUCUGUUUUUCUAUUUGAUCGGAAGGUACUGCGGUACUUCCGGAAGGACGGGCAUAAUUGGAGAAAGAAAAAGGAUGGGAAGACUGUCAAGGAAGCCCACGAGAAACUGAAGGUUGGAAGUAUUGAUAUGUUGCACUGCUAUUAUGCUCAUGGAGAGGAUAAUGAAAAUUUUCAGAGGCGAAGCUACUGGUUGCUUGAGCAGGAUCUCAUGCACAUAGUGUUUGCCCACUAUUUGGAAGUCAAGGGUAAUAAGACAAACAUAAGCUCUUCAAGAAACAGUGAUACAGUCGUAUCAAAUUCUGAAAAUAACAGCGUACUACUGUCUUCCAGUUUCCAUGGAACAAGUCCCAGCAGUACAUUGUCAUCAGCAUGUGAAGAUGCUGAAUCAGAGGAUAAUCAUCAAGCAAGUUCUAGAUUUCACUCAUUUCCAGAGUCACCAUUAACAGAUGGAAGCCAUUAUGCCCAAUCAAACUCAUAUAAUCCAACUUCUAGUCCAGGUCAAACCGCAUUCAAACAGGAAUCUGGCUGUUAUCUGCCUGUCCAGGCAAACUGGCAGGAUUCUUUUGAAGACUUCUCGUUGAAACUGCACAUUCCGACCAUGAACCAAAAUCUGAUCUUGAAUUUACCUCCUGAUCAGGGCAAUACUUCAUUUGAGGAGAAAUCCCUUCAUGUGAAUCAAGAGAAUUUUGUGCGGCCAUUUUACACACUUCCCGGUGAGCAGAAAGAGCAGUCGGAGCAAAAGAAUCUUCAAAUGCUGCUGUCGGAAGCAGAAACGGGGCAUGCAAUGAACCAAAACAUGGAGAACUUAAGUUCGAUGGGAAAUGAAAACUACUCAUUAUUCCUGAAAAAGCCUUCAAUAAGUGGAUUGCAAAAAGAGGAAAACUUGAAGAAAGCUGACAGCUUCUCCCGUUGGAUUGCUAAAGAACUCGAAGACUAUGAUGAACUGAACUUGCAGUCAAAUAAUGGAAUUUCUUGGAGUGGGUAUGGUAUGCCUGCUCAGUUGCAAGUGGAUUUGGACACACUAAAUCCAUCAAUUUCCCAGGACCAACUUUUUAGCAUUAUGGAUUUUUCACCAAAUUGGGCUUACACGAACAUGAAGACCAAGGUCCUUAUCACUGGAAUAUUUCUCAAGAGUGAACAAGAGCUAUCAAAAUGCAGAUGGUCAAUUAUGUUUGGACAAGUAGAGGUUGCAGCAGAGGUUUUAGCAGAUGGGAUUCUUUGUUGCCAUGCUCCACUACAGAAGCCUGGACUUGUCCCUUUCUACGUAACUUGUUCAAACAGGUUGGCUUGUAGUGAAAUAAGAGAAUUUGAAUACAGAUUUGAACAAGACCAAAGUAUGGGUGGCAUCGAUGAACGUGGAAGUACAAAUGUGAUGCAUCUUUAUCAGCGAUUCGAGACAAAGUUGUCCCUUGAAACCAGUGGCAGCGAUUUAAAUUCUAGUGGAAAUGACUUUGGGAAACAAAAUAUAAUCAAUAAAAUCUUUUCUUUCAUGGAGGAAGAGAACAACCAGGAGAUAAAGCUGACUCCAGAAAAAGACACAACAGAGCUGAUGGUAAUUGGGGAACUUCUCCUUCAAAAGCAGCUAAAAGAGAAGUUUUACACUUGGCUUUUCCACAAAUUAAGUUAUGAUAGCGAGAGUAUAGCAGAUGUCAAAGGGGGUCAAGGCGUGUUGCACUUGGCAGCUGCUCUUGGCUUUAAUUGGGUCCUCCAGCCAAUCAUUGUUUCAGGAAUAAGUAUAGACUUUCGCGAUGUGAAUGGAUGGACAGCACUUCAUUGGGCUGCACAUUAUGGCAGGGAGGACACGGUUGCUGCCCUUGUUUCUUUGGGUGCGUCUCCUGGAGCUCUCACAGACCCGUCUGCUGAGUAUCCUUUAGGCAGAACUCCUGCAGACCUGGCUUCUUCCAGUGGGCACAAGGGCAUAUCUGGUUUCCUCGCCGAGACUACCCUGACCACACACCUCUCAACUCUUGGAGUCGAUGAUCCACUUGUUCAUGGCGGGUCAGGAUUUUCAGGUUCUAGAGCAGUACAGACAGUUUCGGAACGUUUAGCAGUUCCAACAACUGGAGAGGAUGUGCCAGAUACACUCUCGCUCAAGGAUUCGCUUGCCGCUAUCUGUAAUGCUACUCAAGCUGCAGCUCGCAUUCAUCAAAUUUUCCGCACUCAGUCGUUUCAUAGGAAGCAGUUGCUCGAACAUGGUGGCGAUGAAUCGGUGACCCCAAACGAGAAUGCUAUUUCUCUUGUAGCUGGUAAAAACUCCAGAUUAGGCCGUGCCAGCGGUGGGGCAAAUGCUGCUGCAGUGCGCAUACAGAAAAAGUUUCGUGGCUGGAAAAAGCGGAAAGAGUUUCUCUUAAUCCGACAAAAAGUUGUUAAAAUUCAGGCUCAUUUUAGAGGGCAUCAGGUAAGGAAAAAAUACAAGACGAUUAUCUGGUCAGUGGGAAUAAUGGAGAAGGUGAUUCUGCGCUGGAGGCGUAAAAGGAGUGGAUUGCGUGGGUUUCGAUCUGAUGCCGUUGCGAAAGUGGAAAGUGGACAGGGCACAUUGCCACAGGAAGACGAUUACGACUUUCUCAAGGAAGGGAGAAAGCAAACCGAAGAAAGGAUGCAAAAAGCACUUGCCAGGGUGAAGUCGAUGGCUCAAUACCCUGAAGCAAGAGCUCAAUACCGUAGGCUGUUAACUGCUGCCGAAGGGUUCCGUGAAACUAAGGAUGCUUCAGAUGCCGAGAUCCAAGAAACCAGUGACGAUAUGUUUUACCCGCAGGAUGAUCUCAUCGACAUUGAAUCUCUGCUGGAUGAUGAUACUUUCAUGUCUCUGGCAUUCCAAUGAGCUGCAUCAAUCUGACUUACCUUGUUGUGUUGUAGCUGUAUCAAUCUUUAUUGUUGUCAAGUGUAGAAUCUGACAAACUAAUGUAAUAAUAAUUUUAUCAUUAAUGUAAAUAUUGUAUGGUACAAAAGUUAAAAUUGUACCUUGUAAAAUGUCUAUAGUAAUACUUACAUAUUUAUUUUUAACGAGGUUGUCUCCUCAUCAGUUGUAUCUUCGUUCGUUUCUUACAAGGGUGGAAAUCUGACAGAUCGAAUCGAAAAGUAUACUUAUAGGAUUUAUUUAUUUAUUUUAAUUUUUUUUUUAUU